UGCUGCACUACGGAACACUUUCGCAGUGACACACCGUAUCAAAGUCUGGCCCAACAUGAGAUAGUGCCCGUUCGGCUGGAUUGGAAGUCAUGGCAGGUCCCGAUCUGAUUAAAACUCUUCUGUAUACGGUGAAUAACCUGCUGCAGCAGGAGAAGUACAAGGCGGCAUUGGCAGUGUUGAAAGGAUUCAGAAACGGCGCCGUAUAUGGGGCCAAAAUCAGAGCACCACACGCUCUGGUUAUGACCUUUCUGUUCAGAAGUGGCAGUUUGAAGGACAAGCUCAAAGCCAUUUUGAAGGCCACGUAUACACACUCCCGCAACCUGGCGUGCUUUGUGUUCACUUACAAAGGACUGCAAGGCUUGCAGGAGAGAUGCCAGGGGAAAAGACUGCAGUCUCACUCCUUUCUGGCCGCCUGUGUUGGCGGGUGGUUAGUGUUUGGAGAUAACAACAACAUCAAUAGCCAGAUUAACAUGUACCUGCUGUCUAGGAUCCUGUUCGCCCUCUCUCGGCUGGCCGUGGAGAAAGGACUCGUCCCCCAGCCUAAACGUGACCCGUUCCCCCUCUUUGCCACGCUAGUGUGGGGCAUUGUCUUGUGGUUGUUUGAGUUUUACCCCCACACCCUCCAGCCCUCUCUGCAGUCCUCCAUGAACUACCUCUACCACGACAGCAAUGUGUGGCAUGACAUAACAGACUUCCUUGUUUAUAAUAAGCCAAGGACUGCUGCUUAGAAAUUACGUCAUGUUAUUUAAAAAAGUGAUUUUAUUGACUAGCUCUCUAUAAUUAAUGAAUACUGUUUCAACAAUGAAUGAUGAACAAUGCUUUUUUUUUAAUUGACUAUUGGAUGAUAGUAUACUUUUUGUUGUUGCAAAUUCAUUGAAGUAUGUUCAUCUUUUUGAAAUACUAAUAUAUUUGCAUACCGUUAUUGUUAUUGGACUAAACAGAUUUAAAGGAAAAAUGGGUUACCAUUUUAUCUGGAACUCUAAUCAGUGUUUAAGUUGAAUGUAUUCCAUUGAAGAAGUCCUGCUGGUCGGUCUGUGCAGGAAGUGUUUUCAUGUUCCACAAUCUAUUGUACCUGAACUUGUGACGCCCAGCCAGAUGUAGUAGAGCCAAGUUGUGCCUAUACUUAUGCAUAUUAUAAAAUUAAACUAAUCUAACGUGUGCCAGCUGGCUGCCCAGAGACUAGCUAAAAUAGCCUGUAGCUGCUGUACCACGACCUUGUCAUUAGCAAGUUAAAUGUUGUUGCUG